UAUAAAUCCAUUUUACUGUAAAAUUCCGCCGGGAAGAAAAGUCCUCCCCUUCUCCUUCUUCUUCUUCUUCCACCAACCCUACACACACCCACGAACCGAACAACAACAACAACAACAACAAAAGAGAUACUCGAAGAAGAAACCCUCAAAAUCCUUCUUCCAUCAUCUGAGUUUCUCUUAAUUUUUUUGUUUUUUUUUGCUUUUGGUAUAAAAAGAGUUACGUGUGAGAGAAAAGCGUAAUGAGCUGCUUUGGUUGUUGUGGUGGUGAGGAUUUUCGUAGAGUUGCUGAGACCGGACCAAAGCCAGUGCACAACGCAGGAGGUUACAAUGGAGGUCAUCACCAAAGGGCUGAUCCACCAAAGAACCCGCCAGUCAUUCAGAUGCAGCCUAUUGCUGUGCAGCCCAUUCCUGCUGAUGAAUUGAAGGAUAUAACCGAUAACUAUGGUUCAAAGUCCUUGAUUGGUGAGGGUUCAUAUGGAAGAGUGUUUUAUGGUGUUCUUAAAUGCGGUAUGGCAGCUGCCAUUAAGAAACUGGAUUCUAGUAAGCAACCGGAUCAAGAAUUUCUUGCCCAGGUAUCAAUGGUAUCGAGAUUGCGACAAGACAAUGUUGUUGCGCUUCUUGGCUAUUGCGUUGAUGGUCCACUCCGUGUUCUUGCUUAUGAAUAUGCUCCUAAUGGAUCUCUUCAUGACAUUCUUCAUGGUCGAAAAGGUGUUAAAGGAGCACAGCCAGGUCCUGUUCUGUCGUGGCAUCAGAGAGUCAAAAUUGCUGUUGGUGCGGCUAGAGGACUCGAGUACUUGCAUGAGAAGGCAAAUCCUCAUGUUAUCCACCGAGACAUCAAAUCCAGCAAUGUACUUCUGUUCGACGAUGAUGUUGCCAAGAUUGCUGAUUUUGAUCUGUCCAACCAAGCCCCUGACAUGGCUGCGCGCCUUCACUCAACCCGUGUGCUCGGAACCUUUGGCUAUCACGCUCCAGAGUAUGCAAUGACGGGGACAUUGAGCACAAAGAGUGAUGUCUACAGUUUUGGGGUUGUUCUGCUGGAGCUCCUCACAGGUCGUAAGCCAGUUGAUCAUACCUUACCGCGUGGACAGCAGAGUCUCGUGACGUGGGCAACGCCUAAACUGAGUGAAGACAAGGUGAAGCAAUGUGUUGAUGCAAGACUAAAUGGAGAAUAUCCUCCCAAAGCUGUUGCCAAGCUGGCUGCGGUAGCUGCGCUGUGUGUGCAAUACGAGGCAGACUUUAGGCCAAACAUGAGCAUAGUGGUGAAGGCUCUUCAGCCUCUGCUCAAUCCUCCUCGCUCUGCUCCUCAGACUCCGCACAGGAACCCGUACUGAUAUGCUCCAAUCUGAGUUUACCCCUUAUGAUCACUAUUUCAUUUGUUUUUGUUUGAAUCCUAUUUGUGUAAAUUUGUGAAAUAGGCUUUUUUUUUAUUUCUCUCAUAAAACCAUGCCACUUCACUGAAAAAAAAUCUCACUUGGAAAGACCUGAAACGUUGCUCUAUUUUUAUAUUAUUUCAUGCCUGUGCGGUAAUGUAAGUUUCUACUAAUUUUACAAUAUGCGAAGAAGAAGAUAUACCAACACUCUUUUUGUGCUG